UCUGGCAGGAGCAAUGGGAAUCUGGGGGUCGCAUCUGUACUCUGUGCAGCCAGAGAGGCUGGACGAAUUGAUCCAGAACUCCCUGAGGCCCUACGGAGAAUGCCAGAAACAGAUAGAUGACGCCGUGGACACCAUCUGUGCCGCUCUGCAGGAAACGGAGCAGAUCCCCACCGUACUAAGUGUGGUUCAAGGUGGCUCCUAUGGCAGGAAAACAGUGUUGAGGGGCAACUCAGAUGGGAUGAUUGUCAUCUUUGUCAGUGACCUUGAGCAGUUCCAAGAUCAGAAAAGAAGCCAAGAUAAAAUCCUCAACAAGAUCUGGCAGCUUCUGAAAGCCUGUCAGCUCGCCAUGAAGCUGCCGGCCAAAAUGGAGGUCCAGAGGUUCAGAGAUGGGCUCAUCUUCCAGCUGUCCACAAAAUGGCAGAGCAUCACUUUUAAGGUGCUGCCUGCCUACAAUGCUCUGGGCUUAAGCGAGAAGCCCAGCUCCCAGAUCUAUCGAGAGCUCAAAAGAGCCUUGGACAUGACAAAAGCCCACCCCGGCGAGUUUUCCAUCUGCUUCACAGAACUACAGCAGAAGUUUUUUCACAAAUAUCCCAGGAAACUGAAGGAUUUGAUCCUCUUGGUGAAGUAUUGGUACCAACAGUGCCAGGAAAAGCUGAAAGGUUCACCUCUGCUGACCAUGUAUGCCCUAGAGCUCCUGACAGUCUAUGCCUGGGAACAGGGGUGCGGAGCAGAAAACUUUGACAUAGCCGAAGGCAUCAGAACUGUCCUGGGGCUAAUCAGACAGCAGGAGCAGCUGUGUGUCUAUUGGAUAGUCAACUACAACUUUGAGAAUGAGACUGUCCGGAAUAUUCUGCUGAGCCAGCUCCGGUCGUCGAGGCCAGUAAUCUUGGAUCCAACUGACCCAACCAAUAAUGUGAGCAAAGAUAACGCAUCUUGGCAACUGCUAAAGCAAGAAGCUCAGAGCUGGUUGUCUGCUCUCAGCCCGAAUGAGUCACCUGGACCAUCAUGGAAUGUUCUGCCAGCGCCGCUGUACGCAACCCCGGGCCAUCUUCUAGAUAAGUUUAUCAAGGACUUUCUACAGCCCAACAAAAACUUCCUAGGCCAAAUCGCGGUAGCUGUUGACUUCAUCUGUAAAUUCCUUCAAAAAAAUUGCUUCCAACAUUCAGCUACAAAGGUUCAGAAGACCGUCAAGGGAGGGUCGACCGGCAAAGGCACAGCUCUGAAGACUGGCUCCGAUGCCGACCUCGUCGUGUUCCCAGACUCGCUUAAAAGUUACACCUCCCAAAAAAACGAGAGAUGCCGUAUCAUCAAGGAAAUCCAUAAACAGCUAGUAGCCUGUCAGCAGGAGAAAGAGUUUGCAGUGAAGUUUGAGAUUUCAAAAUGGAAGGCUCCCAGGGUGCUGAGCUUCUCUUUGAAAUCCAAAGUGCUCAACGAAAGUGUGAACUUUGAUGUGUUGCCUGCAUUUAAUGUGCUCGGUCAGGUGAAUUCUGGCUCCCCACCCAGCCCCAAGAUCUACACUGAGCUCAUCAAUUUGUAUAAAUCCUCAAAUGCUGAGGGAGGAGAGUUUUCCACCUGUUUCACGGAGCUGCAAUGCAGCUUUGUGGCCUCCCGGCCCACCAAAGUGAAGGAUUUAAUUCGUCUGGUGAAGCACUGGUACAAACAGUGUGAAAGGAAACUGAAGAAAAAGGGGUCUCUGCCCCCAAAGUACGCCUUGGAGCUGCUCACCAUCUACGCCUGGGAGCAGGGGAGUGGGGCAGAGAAUUUCGACACUGCAGAAGGUUUCCGGACGGUCCUUGAGUUGGUCACAAAAUAUCAGCAGCUCUGUGUCUUCUGGACAGUCAAUUACAACUUUGAGGAUGAGACUGUGAGGAACUUCCUACUGACCCAGAUCCAGAAAACCAGGCCCGUGAUCUUGGAUCCAGCUGAACCUACUGGUGACGUGGGUGGAGGGGACCGAUGGUGUUGGCAUCUCCUAGCAAAAGACGCUACCGAAUGGUUGUCCUCCUUCUGUUUCAAAGAUGGAACUGGAUAUCCCGUGCAAUCCUGGAAAGUGCCAGUAAGAAUAAUCUAAAGAAAGUUUCCCCUGGAGAUUACCCUGUGACAAGCUAAAAUCAAGAGCUUCUCCUGCUGUAGCAACUUGGAAUUCAUUCAGUCUCAAAUAACAGCCCAACUCAGGAGUUGAGAAUAAAACAAAACAGGUGUUUUUUUGUUUUUUUUUUUUUAAAUUCCCAUUGCAAGAAAUCCUAAGGCAGGUGAUCUAGGACUCA